AGCUAGGGUUUUUAUAAUUGGACUCUCUAGCGGUCUGCAGCCAUCCUGAGAGCUCCUUCUCACUUUAGUGUCUGGACAAUUCAUUUUCUGCCCUCUGUCAAUUUUGCUUCCUUUUUCUCGUACCUUUGAACCUUUGGCUAUAAUUUCGUGUUCCACUUCUUCCGAUUGAACUUCUCUCGAUUGGUGUCAAAUUCGACUUUUUGUGAGAGAUGAGCAGUUCAAGCAGAGAACUUCUGCAUUUGGAGCACAAGAAUGUCUCUGCAUCUCCUCUUGAAUCCUCACUUCUUGUCUGUAAAAAGGAGUCGGUCUCUCAUAACAAGAAAGCCCCUCCUGAUGGAAAGCCCAUUACUAAUCGAAUUGCCCAAAGCCAAGUUUUGGGAAAAGUGAAAGAUUUCCUAGGAGUCAUAUCUGAAGCUAAUAAACGGUUGCAGCAAGAUGCCAAGGACAAUACUCAGAACUAUGAUAUUGAAGUGCUCACUGGAGCUGAAUCUGAAGUCAUUGAAAUGGAUUUAAUGCUGGGUAUUGCUGAUCUUCAUACUUCAGAAGCUAUAACUGCUGCUGAAUCUGCAAUAAGUAAUGGUCAACCAUCGGUUCCUUCAGAUUCAGACAGCAGUGAAACAGAAUCAGAAGGUACAAGCGAUGAUGACGACGACAAUAAAUUAGGCAGUGAUAAUGAUGAUGAUGAAGACAAAAAUGAGAAAACAGGCUCUCCAUUGAAACACAAAACAUCAAAGAGUAGUGAAGAUAGUUCAAGUCAAACUGCUGGCAAAAAUGAGUCCAAAAAGCGGCCAAAAAUUGUUGAGAUGUGUUGAAACUUAAUUGGUCGGUAAAAUCUUGGCACUAGUGAGUUGAUGAUUAUAUGAUUGUUCAUUGUUUAUUAUCAGCUGACAGUUGUCAUUCUUUCACACCUUUCUUCUGUUACUCUAUUGCCCAAAUGGUGUUUUUCAUGGAACGGCUGAUAGCCUAAUUUUAAGAUUUGGAUAUUGCGACUCA